AUGUCUACCAUCAAGGAGAUGAAGGAGCUCUUGGAAAUUGGGACGCAGAUGGGACUCAAGGAUGCAGAACUUCAACAGUUUGUGAAUAAUGAACAAGCAAGACUCCGAGAUGAACGUGAAAAAGAUCGUGCAGAACGCAUGGCUAAACAAGAACGUGACUUUCAACUAGAAUUGGAGAUCAAGAGAGAGCAAAACGCUGAGGCUGAACAUAAAAGAAAAAUAGAAGAGAUGGAAAUAGAUCACAAAUUUCAAGUGUUGGCAGCAGAAAGAUCACAGAAAGUUCUUGAGUCUACAGCCCUGCAUCACCCUGAAACCCAACAACCUGUUAGAGGACCAAAACUACCAGCAUUUGAUGAGGCAAAAGACAACAUCGACGCAUAUAUACAACGCUUUGAAAGAUACGCUAUCUCACAGAAAUGGCAAAGAACAAACUGGGGAGCUCACUUGAGUGCACUUCUAAAAGGAAAAGCGUUGGACGUGUUCGCUAGAUUACCACCAGAUAGUGCAUUGGACUUUGAUGAACUUAAAAAAGCACUGAUGAAACGUUUCGACAUGACUGAGGAUGGAUUCAGAAAGAAAUUCAGAUCUUCAAAACCCGAUGGGAGUGAAACCUUUCUUCAGUUUUCAACAAGAAUCGAAAGUUAUCUGGAGAGGUGGAUGGAAUUAGCGAAAACAAAUAAGACAUAUGAAGGACUCAAAGACUUGAUGUUGCGGGAACAAUUUAUUUUGUGUUGUAACAAAGAACUUUCAUUAUUCUUGAAAGAACGAAUUCCUCCUUCUAUUCAGGAUAUGGCCAGAUAUGCUGAUCAGUUUGUUGAGGCAAGAGCAACUAGUUCAUCAGCUGUUACCCAGAGACCUACCUUCGAAAAGAAAGUUUCCAUAGGAAAGCAAUUCUCUUUUCCAAGCACUAGUGACAGUAGCAAACCCUGUGGUGGAGUCAAGUGUUUUAAUUGUGACAAAUACGGACACAAGCAGUUUGAUUGCCCCUUAAGGAAGUCUUCCGCAACCAAGACAGCAAACACUCUGGAAAAAUCUGACAGACCACAAAAACCAUCCCGCUAUAGUGAGCAACAACAGAGCUUCAACAGAUCUGGACGUCGCUUUUCACAGGGGAAAGAACAUGAUUCUUCUUUUGUUGGUGCCCAUAAACCAUGGCUACAAAGUGACAUUAGUGACAUUGAUUCCGUUUCUAAUGGUGUGAUGCCAGUUGUGAAAGGAUGUGUUGGAGACAGACUUGUGACAGUGUUAAGAGAUACCGGAUGUCGUGGUGCGGUGAUUCGGAAAAGCUUGGUUACUUCAAACCAAAUGACUGGAAAAACUCACAAAUGCAUGCUGGCUGACGGAAGUAUAAUAGAUGCAGAUGUUGCGAUAGUUGAAGUUGACACACCAUAUUUUACUGGAACAAUUGAAGUAUCGUGCUUUGAAACACCAAUGUUUGAUCUGAUUCUUGGAAAUUUUGAUGGCGUUCGGAAACCAGACAACCCGGAUAUUCACUGGAUGAAAUCAACUAAACCUUCAUUUGCUGUUGAGACACGCAGCCAACUAAAGAAAAAGCAGUUACCUUAUAAACCAUUGAGGGUUCCUGAAACUCUACAAGAUGUAUCACGGGAUGAGAUGUUAAGUGAACAGAUGAGGGAUGAUUCAUUAAGCAAGAGUUGGGACUUUGCUAAACAAGGGACAGUAAAGGAGCUUGGUGAUGGAGGUUCAACUCGGAUGUAUAUACGGAAGCAAUUACUCUACAGAGAAUUCAGUAGUCCAAAAGUGUCAAAUGGAAAGACUUAUCGACAGCUUAUGGUUCCGAAAAAGUACAGAUCACUGGUUAUGAAGAUGGCUCAUGAAUGUCUUAUGGCAGGCCACUUGGGUGUUAAGAAGACCACAAACAGAAUACUAGCAGAAUUCUUUUGGCCAGGAGUACAAGCAGACGUCAGGCGAUUUUGUCGUUCAUGUGACGUGUGCCAACGAACAAUACCUAAGGGAAAAGUACCUGCAGUUCCUCUUGGACAAAUGCCCGUGAUAUCAGAACCAUUUCAACGCAUUGCUGUGGAUAUUGUUGGUCCACUCCAGCCAAUCACAGACAGAGGAAAUAGAUAUAUCCUCACUAUUAUAGACUAUGCGACCAGGUAUCCAGAAGCUGUGGCACUGCAAGGAAUUGAAACUGAACGAGUUGCAGAAGCGCUUGUAGACGUUUUCAGUAGAGUUGGUAUUCCAUCUGAAAUGCUUACAGACCAGGGUUCACAGUUUACAUCUGAAGUUAUGAAAGAAGUUAGCCGAUUGCUGUCACUCAAACGCCUAACUACAACGCCGUAUCAUCCGAUGUGCAACGGCCUUGUUGAAAGAUUCAACGGCACGUUGAAGCAGAUGCUCAAGCGCAUGUGUGCUGAACGCCCUAAAGACUGGGACAAGUACCUCAACGCACUACUCUUUGCUUAUCGUGAGAUACCUCAAGAGAGCCUUGGAUUUUCACCCUUUGAGCUUCUAUAUGGUCGAUCAGUGCGUGGCCCAAUGAUGAUACUGAAGGAACUAUGGACCAAGGACAUACCAGACAAAGAGGAAGCACCAGAGAAAACAUUAUAA